UUCGUUCGUUGCAACUGAAAUUUGUGGUUGGUUGUACCAAUUAUGGACGCAAUUUCCGUCUGCAAUCGGAAUCCAGUUUCUCUCUCACACCUCUCUUCCUUCUCUGCUUUCAACUACACUAACUCUCCCCUCUUUCGCCUCAAACUCUCUCCUUCUUCUUCAUCUACACUGCGCUGCAGUUAUAAUGGCGGCAAAAUUGGCGAUGCGAAUGAUGAUGAGCCGCUCACCCUUUCUCGGGCCUAUGGCGUGCUCGGACUCACCCCUCAGUGCUCCUCCGCACAAAUCAAAGCUGCUUUUCGAGUCAAAGUGAAGCAGUUUCAUCCGGAUGUGAUGGGAGAUGCUCAAGCAUCGGAUACGAUGAUUCGCCUUGUGAUUCAAGCAUACGAGAUUUUAUCCAACUACAGCAAAUCAGAAAUUAUUGAAAGGGAAUGUAUGGAUCCGUUUGAUCAACCAGAGUGUGAGGCGUAUGAUGUCUUUAUCAAUGAGGUUCUUUGCAUGGGGAAAAGUUGUCCAUAUUCAUGUGUAAGUACAGCCCCACAUGCUUUUAGAAUUUCUUCAGAAACAGGGACUGCACGUGCAACAUCUCAAGGGCAUGCUGGAGACUAUCAAGUUCAACGUGCAGUCGGUCAGUGUCCAAGGAGUUGUAUGCAUUAUGUCACUCCAUCACAGAGAAUUAUUCUAGAGGAGCUUCUUGACAGCAUCCUCAACAUGCCAUAUGAUACAUCAGCGGAGGCUGAGUUCCUUUACUCUCUCAUUGUUAAAGCCCGAUACGAGAAUAAUCGAUAUCAAAGUCCUAAGAAGAAUCCCAAGGUCUCAAGCAAGCAUGUAGAUUGGCUCUAAACAUAGCUCAAUGGCUAGAUUAAGAAAUCCAAUGAAUGUCACUGUUGGUUUUUAGCAGAUGUGAAUUCAUAUAAUUAUAUAAACAGUUGUUGUUUACUUUUUUGGGCACUGUACAGAUUCUACUUAACCUUCAUGUAUCAAUGUACCUAUUUUGAAUAAAUUUAAUUCCAAUA